ACAGACUGAGGUCUCGAGAACACAGCUGCCUUUUCACAGACUUUCAUUGUCAUGCCCCAGGCUGCCUCCAGCACAAAGCAGGGUUUGCUAAAAUGCAAAACCACAGCUAAGAAUCUAGUCCGAAUGGCUGCCAGUUAUAGCGGUUUGACUUUGCUGCUCUGGAUUCUGGUCCUCAACAUCUCAGUUGCCAGAUCAUCAGAGACACCAUUCAAGGUAACCGAGGGCAGCACCGUGAUUCUGUCCUGUCAGUACUCUGUUAAGCAGCAUGGCAUGACCCACGUCUGCUGGGGUCGAGACUGUGGAACCUUUUGGUGCAAUGACAUCAUCAUUCAGACAGAUGAAAGUGGGGUCAUCUCAAAGGUCUCUGACAGGUACAGACUCAUCGGAGAUGUUCUCUCUGGACAAAUGGACCUGGGGAUCCAGCGGAUACGACAGGCAGACAGUGGCCCGUACUGCUGCAGGAUAAAUAUAGAUGGACUAUUCAAUGACAAGAAGGUGACCUACACUUUAAAGGUUAUAAAAGGUGCAGUGACAACAGUACCAACAACUACUACACUUCACACUACAGAACCACUACAAACCCAGACAGUAUCUCCGGCCUCAGAUCAGAUCAGCGAUGCACCAUUUGACAUUUCUGGGCAAAACCACACCCUACACAAUUCUAACUCUCUGACUGAUGAAGCGAUAACAAGCAUAACACUACAGAUCAACAUCCCCGUGCUAUCUCUGUCUCUCAGUCUGCUCUUGCUUUUGGUGGGGGCCUUGGCCCUGCUGGCCUUUAAACGUGGGUUCCAUACAAAGGUCAUUGAUAGUGGAUGUUUGUCAAAAGAGCCAAAACACAUUAUUUACGAAAUACGGACCAGAAGGCCAGUGGAGGAGAAUAUUUAUAUCCUGGAAUAAUUUUGCAGAGCGUGCCCACACACACACACACACACACACACACACACACACACACACACACACACACACACACACACACAGAGAGACACAGACACACACACACACACACACACACACACACACACACACACACACACACACACACACACACACACACACACACACACACACAGAUUAUGCAACAUUGCUUUUUUACAUCUGUUUACAUGAUUAUAAUUUAAUUUAAUCUUAAAAGAAUGAAAUCAUAUCAAAUGGACAGAUCUGAAAUCUAAGAAUAUUUACCUAAUAAAUGUCAGGAUUCAAGAUUAUUAGGCCUAUUUGGAGACAAAUUUACUUAGAGACAUUCACUUGUUCCAUUCUCAGAUUGUUUUACAUACAGUAUUUCAUGUGUUUAUUUCUUAACGUAAGUAAAAUUAUGUAUCUAUAUGUCUAUGUUCUGAACCAUGAGUUAAAUCAUUUGCCUUUUAAGCAACAAAAAGUGUAAUGCUUUCUUCCACAAACAGAAUUAACAUGAACAGUUGUGCUACACUAUGCUUUUGUUUGGAUAAUGCCCUAUGAUGGCUUGCUUUAACUUGGUUUACUAUUCACUGUAAAUGCUCACUGAAUAGCAUCGGUGAUAUGGCUCUGUAAAGGAUACAUAAUGCUCUACAUGUAUAUAAUGCAUUUUCAUUCAACAAUUGGCUGCCUGUCUCAUUCUUAUGUAGAGAGCUAAAACUUUUUAGCUGUUCAUUAUUCAUUUGUUAUAUUUUAAACGUCAACGAAUGAGUUACAGUAGAGCCUUUUACUUCAGAUGGCUGUUAUUUCAAGAGGUUUUGGAUGCAUUUAACUUUUUCUUUGGUUAUUUUAUGUUCCAAUAUCGAACAGUACUUACUUUCUCUAAAAUACAAAGUAGCCUAGAUUAUUGUCCUAGCUUUUUGCCCUAACUUUAAAAGCUAAUUAAAAAAUGGAACAUGGAAAUCUUAGCAGAAAGAGGGAUAAAACAAAAUGUAAAACAGCAGAAAGUCUACAGAAAUCACUACAGAAGGACUGUGGUCUU